AUGCUCCAGGGGGUCCGGUCGAAGAUGCACCCCGCCACGCGCGACAUCCUCUCCGGCUUUGACGGCGUCGUGCGCCCUGGCGAGAUGCUCCUCGUCCUCGGGCGCCCCGGCUCCGGCUGCAGCACGCUGCUCAAGACGCUCGCGAACCGGCGCGCGGAGUGCCACGCCGUCGGGGGCACAGUCGCGUACGACUCGCUCACGCCCGACGCGGUUGAGCGGCACUUCCGGGGCGACGUGCAGUACUGCCCGGAGGACGACGUGCACUUCCCGACGCUCACUGUCGACCAGACGCUGCGCUUCGCGGCGACGACGCGCACACCGCGCACACGCCUCCCUGGGGCAUCGCGCGAGGACCACGUGUCGCGCAUGGUCGAGGUGCUCGAGACCGUGUUUGGGCUCCGGUACGUCAAGGACACCCUCGUCGGCGACGCGUCCGUGCGCGGCGUGUCGGGCGGCGAGAAGAAGUUGCGUGGCUACGAGCCCGCGAACCGGCAGACCACCGCCGACUUCCUCGUCGCCAUGACCGACCCAAACGGCCACAUCGUGCGCCCCGGGUUCGAGGCGCGCGUGCCAUGCACGGCUGCCGAGUUCGCGGAGCACUACAGGCGCUCCGAGUUUGCGCGCGAGAACCGCGCGGACAUGGACGCGUACCACGCCGCGUUCGUGGGCAAGCCCGAGCGCGCGGACGCGUACCGGCAGAGCGUGAAGGCGGAGCACGCGCGGCAUGCGAGCAAGAAGAGCGUGAAGGCGGAGCACGGGCGGCACGCGAGCAAGAAGAGCCCGUACAUCGCGAGCAUCCCGAUGCAGGUGUGCACGCUCAUGGCGCGGCACAUGCAGAUCAUCCGCGGGGGCGCGGCAGCGCAGGUCAUCCAGCUCGCGUUGUUUGUGCUGCAGGGCCUCAUCGUCGGCACGGUGUUCCUGCGGCUGAAGAACGUCGUCGUCUCGUUCUUCAGCCGCGGCGGCGUGCUGUUCUUCGCGCUGCUGUUCUCCGUGCUGUCGACGAUGGCGGAGAUCCCCGCGCUGUUCUCGCAGCGGCCGAUGGUGCACCGCCAGAGCCGCGCGGCGAUGUACCACCCGUUCGUGGAGGGCCUCGCGCUGACGCUCGUGGACGUGCCGAUCACGUUCAUCACGAUGGUCGUGUUCGCGAUCCUCAUCUACUUCUUGGUCGCGCUUGAGCAGACUGCUGCUCAGUUCUUCAUUUUCCUGCUGUUCACGUUCUCUAUGACAAUCACGAUGAAGGUGUGGUUCCGCUCGCUCGCGGCGCUGUUCAAGAGCGCCGCACCCGCGCAGGCCAUCGCCGGUCUCACCAACCUCAUCCUCGUCCUCUACACCGGCUACAGCAUCCCGCAGCCGUACAUGAUCGCCGCGCUGCACUGGAUCACAUAUAUCAACCCGCUGAAGUACAGCUUCGAGGCGCUGAUGGUGAACGAGUUCCACACGGUGCACGCGGACUGCUCGGUGCUCGUGCCGCAGGGCGCGGGCUACGAGAACGUCGGGCUUGCGAACCAGGUGUGCACGACCGUGGGGUCCGUGCCUGGGCAGCUCACCGUCUCUGGCAUGGACUACGUCACGCUUUCGUACGGGUACACGUACGCCCACCUCUGGCGGAACUUCGGCGUGCUCUGCGCGUUCGGCAUUGGGUUCAUCGCGAUCCUGCUCGCGCUCACGGAGAACAACACGAGCAUCGCGGGCGAGACCGCGGUGAUGCUCUUCAAUCGCGGCACCAAGACGGAGAUCGUCGAGGACGCCGCGGCGGACAAGGAGAAGGGCGCGGCCGCGGCCGCAGCUGGCAUCGGCGUGCACCACGACGCGGAGGCGCAGGCGAUCAAAGAGGCGACGCACACCAUCACGGACGUGUUCUCGUUCCAGCACCUCAACUACGUCGUGCCCGUCGGCGGCGGCCACACGCGCCGCCUGCUCGACGACGUCUCCAGGUACGUGCCCCCGGGCAAGCUCACCGCACUCAUGGGCGAGUCUGGGGCGGGCAAGACGACGCUCCUGAACGUCCUCGCGGAGCGCACGACCGGCGGCGUCGUCACCGGCCAGCGGCUCAUGAACGGCCACCCGCUCCCCGCGGACUUCCAGGUGCACACGGGCUACUGCCAGCAGAUGGACACGCACCUGCCGACGAACAGCGUGCGCGAGCCACUCCGGUUCUCCGCGUGCCUGCGCCAGCCACAGAACCCGACGGAGUACAUUCUGGACGCGAUAGGAGCCGGGGCGACCGCGACGACAGAUAAUAAGAGCGCGGAGGCGGCAGAGUCGUAUGCGGCGCUCGACCGCAUCCACGCGGAGGGCCGCAGCAAGCCCGCGGUGCAGGCGACGCUCACGAACACGUUCCCGACGACGUGGGCGUACCAGCUGCGCACGCUGCUCCUGCGCGACGCGCAGGCGCACUGGCGCGACCGGACGUACCUCAUGGCGAAGGUCGGGCUGAACAUCGUGUCCGCGCUCCUCAUCGGCUUCAUGUUCUUCCACGCGAAGACGAUCAUCCAGGGUACCCAGAACCACCUCUUUCUGUGUGCUAAUGUGUUUCCCCACCGCCGACGCGCGAUCUGUGCGGCUGGCAUGAACGGCUGCGACGCUCGAUGA